GUAUUUCGUCCCGAUUCUUUCUGCCAGCCUCCCGCCCGUCAACUGCGUGAUGAUGUAGCCCCAAAAGAAAGAGCCGGAAACAAGCGACUGGAGUCGCUCAUCCCAUUCAAAUUCACCUUCCUAUAUGAAACAAAAUGCUGCGCAUAGAGAACGAGAGUCAAGUCUUGUAAUUUCUCUCAAACGAUUUCACGAUGCUGAAGACAAAGACUCUUGUCUUGACUCGUCGCUUCCUCUUAUCCAGCCAAGAUGUCAGGCAAAUUGGUACAGCCGCUGAAGUGGCCCGCCAAAGAAGAUCAUUAAAGGACCGUGUGGCUGUCGUCACCGCAUCCACCGAUGGAAUUGGAUUCGCCAUGGCCCAGCGCUUGGCCGUCGAUGGAGCUCACGUCGUCAUUAGUAGCCGCCACCAGAAAAAUGUUGACGAAGCUCUUGCCAAAUUGAAAAGCGAAGGACUGUCCGCUUCGGGAAUGGUUUGUCACGCCGGUGUUAAGGAAGACCGAACUAGACUCCUCGAAAAAACUGUGGCUGAAUUUGGAGGAUUCGAUAUUUUGAUUUCUAAUGCCGCAGUGAAUCCAGGUGGCGUUAAGCGCCUACUAAAAUGCACUGAGGACGUUUGGGAUAAGAUAUUUGACGUCAACGUCAAGUCUUCGUUCUUUUUGGCCAAAGAAGCUCUUCCGCACAUGGAGAAGAGAGGCAAAGCCUCCAUUAUUUUCAAUUCAUCUAUCCUGGGUUACACACCAAACUGCGGGGUUGAUUUUAUGGGGGCUUAUGCGUUGAGCAAAACGGCUGUCCUCGGCUUAACCAAGUUAAUGGCAAUGGAAUUGGGUCCCAGAGGAGUCAGAGUGAAUUGCAUCUGCCCAGGUCUCAUUGACACACGGUUCGGCUCAGCGAUCACCCAGGAUGAGAGAUCAAAGCAAUUAAUGCAAAUAAAUUGCCCUCUGCAAAGGAACGGAAUGCCGGAAGAGAUGGCGGGGUUGGCUUCAUUUUUAGCAUCCGAUGACUCGUCAUACAUUACCGGAGAGAAUAUUGUUGCUGCUGGUGGAAUCCAGUCCUCUUUUUAAUUCCCACCUUUAUAUUGCAUCUAUUUCGCGUGACCAUAAGUAUAUUGUUAUCUUUCGGAUCCAAUAUCUUACAAUUCAGUUUUAUCAUACAAAAUCAGUUAAUAGGGAAUACAAAUUUUAAAAAAAAUUUUAUCAAGAAAUUUGAUUCCUUAUGUAUUGCUUUUGUUUCUAUGGUAAGCUUGAUUUUAUAAGAUCUUGUAUCGGGCAGAUAACAAUAUACUGAUUGGAUGCAAGUUUUGUUUU